GCAAUUUCUACAAUUUCGGGCUUUAAUUGCAGCAAUUUGGCAAAGAGGAGAGAGAAAAUGGGUGGAGUAGAGAUAUGUUGUUGGUAAUGUGUGGUUUGAUUUGGAGAACAAGUUAAGAAAAGAGGAGAGAGAAGAUUAGUGGUAUAAAAAAAAAAUAGUGUAACCAACCCCAAAAAUUUGUGAAAUGUUUUACAUUAAACUAAACGGGGCCUACAUAUAUACUUGGUGACGAAAGUCUAUACAUCACAAAAGAGUGGCCGAACAUGCGGAAUUACGGAAGCGACGCAUGAAACAUGCUUUUACGAUUGUUUAUUGAGAGCGCGAUAAAUCAUGCCACUCUCCUCACUACAUGAUGGAUCGAUUUGCAUAAAAGUCAACUUCCUUAGUCUACAAUACAUUCCAACGUACUUCUCUAAACCAACCUAAGGUUAAAAUUUUUCCUCAAAAAAAAAAACCUAAGGUUAAAUUUUGUAGCAUUAACUUAACCAAAUAUGGCAAUCACAACAUCUCUUUUAUUGUUAAUAUCUCCAAAACUCUCUCAACAACAAAACCAUACAUUUUGCACCCUCAACAACCCUUCAAAUAGGCACAUCAAAUUCAAUCCAAAUCUCAAAUCCUCAGUCUCUAAACUCUUUAACACCACCCAAAAACCCCAAUUCUUACGAUUUCGAUACGUAAGGAAUCAAAUAAACUCCAUGUUCACAGGCAUUGUUGAAGAGCUUGGCCAUGUUAAGCAUAUGGGUUAUGAUGAAGAUGGUGGAUUUCACCUUCAAGUUGAAGGAAACAUUGUCCUACAAGAUGUUAAUCUUGGUGACAGUAUUGCAGUUAAUGGUACAUGUCUAACUGUGACUGAAUUUGAUACUAAUGCUUCGGAAUUUACGCUUGGGUUAGCGCCUGAGACGCUUAGGAAGACGACGUUGAUGGACCUCGAACCCGGGUCGAUUGUUAAUUUGGAACGAGCCCUUCUGCCUUCUACAAGGAUGGGUGGUCAUUUUGUUCAGGGACAUGUUGAUGGGACAGGAGAAAUAGUAUCACUUGAUCAAGAAGGUGAUUCUUUAUGGGUGAAGAUAAAAACAAGCCCAGAGAUACUAAGGUACAUCGUACCAAAAGGGUUCAUUGCAAUCGAUGGCACAAGUUUAACAGUGGUUGAUGUGUUAGACAAAGAAGCAUGCUUUAACAUCAUGUUAGUUGCCUACACUCAACAAAAUGUGGUGAUACCACUCAAAAAAGUUGGUCAAAAAGUUAAUUUAGAAGUUGAUAUAUUAGGAAAAUAUGUGGAGAGACUCCUAAGCAGUGGAUUUCUUGAUCCUACCAAAUCAUAAUAUGAUUAUGAUUAUUAGCAUAUUUAUCAUUGGCAAAAUCCUGUAUGUAACGGGUAUAUUGAAAACAAUUAUACUUACUAAAUGCUAAAUUUUGUAUUUUGUUGUUUUGUGAUCAACUAGAAUUAUUAUAAGUUCAUAGUUAUAUUAAUUAAUGAGAAGAAUUGUAGGGGCAUACUUGUUUAAUUAUAUCUA